AGAAAUAUGCAAAAAGAUCAAAGUGAACCCCAAGGUAUCUUAACAUCUAUUGAAACUUUUGAAAAGAAGGUGAUGCCAGAUGAGCACUGCUAUGGGCGGUGUAGACCAGUCACUGAGUUUGAAAAGCUCAAUCGAAUUGGAGAAGGAACAUAUGGUGUGGUGUACAGAGCUCGAGAUACUGUCUCUCAUGAAAUAGUUGCACUGAAAAAAGUGCGCAUGGAGAGGGAAAAGGAUGGAAUACCACUCAGUGGUUUGCGUGAGAUAAGUCUGUUGCUGAAUCUGGGCCACAAGAACAUUGUACAGCUUAAAGAAGUAGUUGUGGGAAGACACCUGGAUAGUAUAUUCCUUGUUAUGGAGUACUGUGAGCAGGAUUUAGCUAGCUUGUUGGAUAACAUGUCCUUGCCGUUCAAAGAAGCAGAAAUCAAAUGUCUAAUGUUGCAACUUUUUCAUGGAGUUAAGUAUCUGCAUGACCGGUUCAUUGUGCAUCGAGAUUUGAAAGUGUCCAAUCUUUUGCUAACUGGGAAAGGAAUGCUUAAAAUUGGUAAGUCGAUGGAGGAGACUUUUCUUAUGCACUAUUAUUGUUUGCUCACUCAAUAUUUUUCCUAAGAACUCAAGAUAGAUGCCAAAUUAUAUUUUCUAAAUUAUUGAGUAGAAAAUGCUGCCAUGUGAAUGUACUACCCAAGAGGUUUUAUUUGAAUGAUCACACCAAAGAAUUUCAUUCCCAGACUCAAGUUACAUGCGUAUUAUGUCUUCCAAAUUGAAAGAUUUUGUUGUAUAAUAAUUGUAAUGUAAUGUUGUGAUUGAGCUCUAGGACAACAUGUCCUAGAGCUUGAUAUUAUUGGUUAACAGCAAGAGUAAGCUUAAAUGUCAGCAUACAAUCAAGACACUAACUAGCGGUUACUAUAGGUCUGUUGAUUUAUAUAUGCUUACAGUAACCCAGCCAGCCUAUGAUAUGUAUAAUGUGUGAGGUUAUUAUCAUAGCGGUAGAGGUUGACCACACCCUACUCUUUUUAACAGCAGUGUGACAAUGACAGGCCUAAUGCUGCUGGCUAUUGGCUCCUUAUAAUGCUAUGUUUAUACUCUACACUAGAUCAAUCUUAGCACCUAAUUUGGAAAUUCAAUUGGUAUAAUUUGAAACGCCCCACAAAAGACAAUCCAUGACCAAGCUGGUGCAGUAAAAUAUCACCCUGAAGAAACAAACAGAUCACCAUAAUGGUGGUUUGUCAUAAUAAUAUUUUAUUUUGAGGCAAUUUUAGGCCAGAUUAAAAUAAUUAUUGUGCUAAAAGUUGCAUUUUUUGCAUAUUUUUAAAAAGCCACCCAGCAUAUAGCCUGUAAUGUUAUGCAGGCACAUUAUUUAGGUAAAUGAAAACGUCUUGGUUAUGUUGGUAGUGAAAUGGCUGCCAUCUUUAAUUUUAUCAAUGAAUAUUGGAAAGAAUAGAAAUAGCAACCCUUGGGGGUAGGUGUUAGGGCAAAAGAAGGAGGUGGGGUAAGAGGAUGGAACAAUAAAAUAAUAAUUGAUUGUUGAAAGUUUAACCUUUCGGUAUGUGUCCACAAAAAUACAUGGAUUUGUUAGUAUUUAAAAAAAACUGACAGCCGCAGUAAAGGUAUACAAGACAAUCAGGGCUGUGCUUUAGCAGAGCCUGGUGGCCCCUAGCACCCAACUUUUGCUCUUGGGCGACUAGAAAAUCUUCAUCUUUUCAUACAAAUCAUAUGCUGCCACCCUGGAUUUCACUGGUAUAGAGUACUGGGCUCCACUCAAUUUUCCUUAGAGCACAGCAUUGGAAAAACAUUGAAAGAGAACUGAUUUGUUUUGUUUUUUAUAUAUAUCAGCUGAUUUUGGUCUGGCUCGUGCUUUUGGUUAUCCGUACAAACCCAUGACACCUGUAGUGGUAACCCUGUGGUACCGUGCACCGGAACUCCUGCUAGGAUCCAAAGUACAAACUACAGCUGUAGACAUGUGGGCUGUUGGCUGCAUAUUUGGCGAACUGCUCGGUAACAAGCCACUGAUGACUGGAAAAUCGGAGAUCAACCAGUUUCAAUUGAUUGUAGACUUACUAGGAACUCCCAGUGACCAGCUGUGGCCAGGAUUUUCGAAACUGCCCGGGGCCAAAUCUAUGAACUUCAAACGACAGCCAUACAAUAACCUUAAACACAAAUUCUCGUGGUUAAGUCCCGCGGGACUAACCCUUAUAAAUCACUUGCUGAUGUACGACCCGUGUAAACGGGCCUCGGCAGCUGACUGUCUGGAGAACUCUUAUUUUGUUGAGAAGCCACUUCCGGUUGAACCGGAUAUGAUGCCAACAUUUCCGGAACACCGGAACCGGAACUAUAGUAAAAGACCAUCUGAUUAUCAGGGUGGAGAGAAACGGCCAGUUGCUCAGGAAAUUGAACACUCGUUCAGUAGAGGAUUUGCCGACUUUGGACCACAGCUGCCACACACGAAAAAGAGGAAGUACUAAAAGGCUUUUACCACUGUUUAUGACAAAGGAUUAUAUUUAGGGAGCUUAAGAGGUGACGAGGGCGACGGCGACGAGAACUUCAAAAAGGCAAUAGGUUUAAUAAGUAAACAACAAUUUUGCAUGUGCAGCACACCUUUGGUAUGUUUCCUUGCCGUUCCUGCACGACCACGACGUGAAAUGUCCUUAUGCGACGUUUUUUUGGAGGAUGUAAAC